GUUUGAGCGUCAGUGCGCACGCCCACACGCCGGUCAGCGGACCAAUGGGAGAGCCGCUUUAGGGGGCUAAGCCACGCCCUUUCGGCUUCUUCCUUCCCCUCAGGCCGCCAUGAUGGCGGCGGUGUUGCGGCUGCGGCCGCUUCGCGCUCAGGCGCUUCGGGGACCCCCUGGCCCUGGAGGAGCCGAACGGGGGCUCCAAGCGCUUCUAAUUAGGGGAUUGGCAAGCGGCGGCGAGCAGCCCAUUGCCUCCGUGGGGCUGAGCCCCCCAAGUGUGGGUCCGACCCCCCCCCAUGUCCCCCUCCACACCCCCCACCUAUGGGGCCGGAUUCGUCACCUAUGGGGCCGGACCCGUCACCUAUGGGGCCGGACCCCUCCGCUAUGGGUCCGGAGCUCCUGGCGGCGGCGCAGCCCCCCUGCCCCCCAAGUGUGGGGCCGGGUGCUGCUGGAGGACGUGGGGCUGGGCGCCCACACGCCCGUGGGGCUGAUCCAGAACUUUCUGCAGUUCCUGCACAUGGACGUGGGGCUGCCCUGGUGGGGCGCCAUCGCCACAGGCACGCUGUGCGCGCGCCUCCUGCUGCUGCCGCUGGUGCUGCGCGGGCAGCGCGAGGCGGCGCGCCUGGCCCGGCACCUGCCCCGCCUGCAGCAGCUGGGCCAGCGCCUGCAGCACGCGCGGGCCCACGGGGACCAGCUGCACGUGGCCCGGGCGUACUCGGAGCUGGUGGCCUAUCAGAAGAAGCACGACGUCAACCCGCUGAGGGGCUUCCUGGUGCCGCUGGUGCAGACGCCGCUGUUCGUGUCGUUCUUCCUGGCGCUGCGGGCCAUGGCGGCCGCGCCGCUGCCCGGGCUGCGCUCGGGGGGCUGGGGGUGGGUCCCCGACCUGACGGCGCCCGACCCGCUCUACGUGCUGCCCGUGGUGGUCACGGCGAGCACCUGGAUGGUGCUGGAGGCGGGGGCGGAGGUGGGCGUGGCCAGCCCGGGGGCGGGGCCAACGCGGCAGCUGCUGAGGCUCCUCCCACUGGUCUUCCUGCCCUUCAUCCUGCACUUCCCCACGGUAAGGGACCCCGGAGUGCCCCAGGGGACCCAGGAAUACCCCAAGGGACCCAGGAGUUCCCCAAGGGACCCAGGAGUGCCCCAGGGGACCCAGGAGUUCGGGAGGGACCCUGGAGUGCCCCAGGGGACCCAGGAGUUCAGGAGGGACCCUGGAGUGCCCCAGGGGACCCAGGAAUACCCCAGGGGACCCAGGAGUUCCCCAAGGGACCCAGGGAGUGCCCCAGGGGACCCAGGAAUACCCCAAGGGACCCAGGAGUUCGGGAGGGACCCCGGAGUGCCCCAAGGGACCCCGGAGUGCCCCAGGGGACCCAGGAAUACCCCAAGGGACCCAGGAGUUCUG